UCCGAUUAGAUUACUAGACCCCCUUCAAGACGAUGGCGACCCGCGGCAAGCCCAGCGUGUUUUCAGCCUUUAACCAGUUGCGUGUGACUGAGGACUUUGACUCCGACGACGGUAGUGCUGAGGAGCGACAGCAGGAGCGCAAGGAGAAGCAGAAACAGAAGAAAAAGUCUCGCAACAAGAAGAAGAGCAGUGACUCGGCGCAGCUUAAGGACCUCGCGUUCGUAUCGGUGUCCAAGCCGAAGAAGAGUAAGAGCAAGAAGAACAAAGCGGCGACCAAUGCGCAGUCCCAGUCUCCUCCUGGAUCGCCAGUUGAAGAAGUACCAGCUGUCAUCAGCGUUAGCGAAGAGAAGGAGGAAAUGGCUGAGCCUAAGCGUUCAAUGGCAGAUAUGAUCAAAGCGGCGCCGCAGCCGCAUAAGACCGCUGCGGUACCCAAUGGUGUCGAUAGGAAGUCGCAGCCUCCAGCUCAGCAGCAGCGACAGAAAAAGGCCACGCCUCCUCCAAAGCAACAGCAGCCUCAAGAGAAACAGCAACAGCAAAAUGCAGCGCCGCCCCACGUUCCAACCGCCGCCCCUGUAACUAGUGCACCGCAGUCUUCAUCGGAGACGGAGUUGGGCGCGGUGUACACACCGUCGCACAUUACGAUCACACGCGUGGAUGGCCAAAUGAAGCGCACGGUGGCAGUGACGGAAGUGAUGGAUCAGCUCCUUCGCUACACUCAACAAAACGCGCAACUACUGAUGGUGCAGGAGCAGCUUGGGGUACGUAGCUGAUCACCACUGCUAGGAUGGUUUUAACGUGUGUGCGAUGACUUUUUAGCACGCGAAUCGCAAUCUACAGGACCAAUUGCAACGCAGCGCUGAGAUCAUCAACGGGCUGCAGAAUGAAGUGACGAUGUUUCGGCAAAUGUGUCUAAACUUGCAGGCCGAGGUAUCGCUACUUCGCUCCAGCACCACCGUGUCGACCACCCCAGAUGCUGGCAACAAUCCCCAGCCACAGCAUCAUCACCGCCCGCCGCCUGGCAUGUCCUGAGCUCGGAGACAUCGUAGAAAACUGAAGCAACUUUACGGGCGUAAGGCAUGUGACCAACCAUAACGCCCGUCCUCCCAAUAGAAGUGGACUUGCAAGUCCGGUAGCUGUACGCACUGUUUGCUUUUGGGCUCGUGCGGAGCCAAAGGAACGCCUACUCCUCAUCGUCUCACUUCCGUCCAGCCAAACUGUUUCACUAAUGCUUUAAAAAGUGUCAGUUGGCAAAAUGACACC